AUGUCAAGGCCGAAGAAGUUUGGAAAGGCAUGGAAGGAGAAGAACCCGAAGAAAGCCUACGGUUUAUUAAGACAGUACACCAGCAAAACGAAAACAUGUUCUACAGUCCUCAACACUGCUAACGGAGUUACUAUCGGUGAGACAACCCUACCAAAUAGGAGAGAUCUGUUCAACACCUUGCUGAACCGGCAAGCGUCGUCAGCCCCUGAUCUCGAACCCCUCUAG